AUGAACAGCUCGUGCGAGAUCCCUCGAGGGAAGGAAAUUUCCAACAGCCAAGUCAACGAUGACUUGCCGACUGCAGAGGCACUCAAGAUCGCUGAUGGAAUUGAGGUCCUCGAUGGCAAGGGACAGAAGCAUACCUUCAAGAGCAUCUACAGUGGACCUGGACUACCCCGUCGAGUUCUCGUUGUCUUUGUUCGCCAUUUCUUCUGUUGCUCAUGCGUGAGCUACACCAGCUUUCUUGCCAAAAACGCGACCCCAGAAAAGCUCCAAGAGAUAAACACCGAAAUCGUAAUAAUAGGUCACGGCGAUCCCAGAACAGUCGACAUGUAUCGCAUAGACACAGGCUGCGAGUUCCCCAUCUACACUGAUCCAUCUGAAGAGCUUUACAAAACGCUCGGCAUGAUUCGGACGUGGGAAGAAGGACCUCCGAAUAAGUAUAUACCCAUCUCGCCUUUUUGGAAUGCGUGGAUGUCCAUGAAGAAUGCGUUUUGGAAGUUACUGGAGGGGUAUCCUGUGUGGAACUGGGGUACCACGAAUCAACAGGGCGGAGAGUUCUUGUUUGUUGGGGAGGGAGAUGAUAAGAAGGUGACUUGGUGUCAUCGGAUGAGGAAUUCGAGAGAUCACACGGAUACUGAUGAGAUUUUGGAGGUAUUGGGGCUCAGCAAGUGA